AUGAAGAGAAACUUACUGGAACCUGGAGACCUCAGUCUGACCCUGAAACACCCCACAGAUGGAGACAACUCCACCUACACCUGCACCGUCUACAGCAGGGAGGGAAACAUCCUGAUGAGAAACAAGUGGAGCUGAAAGUCAGAGUCCCCCGGGUGGAGGUGGAUUCAGGGGUGGAGUCUGUCCAGCUGCCCUGCAAAAGAACACCUCACCUGCCUGAAGAUGCUAAAGUGGAGUGGAUGGAUAACAAUGCAAAGGUCCACGUGUAUAAGAACGGCUCUGACCAGCCUGAAGAACAGCACCAGGUUUACAGAGACCGAACGAAGAUGAAUGAAGACCUGCUGAGAACUGGAGACCUCAGUCUGACCCUGAAAUACCCCACAGAUGGAGACAACUCCACCUACACCUGCACCAUCUACAGCAGGGAGGGAAACAUCCUGCUGAAGAAACAAGUGGAGCUGACAGUCAGAGUCCCCCGGGUGGAGGUGGAUUCAGGGGUGGAGUCUGUCCAGCUGCCCCUCAAAACCACUCUUCCCCUGCCUGAAGAUGCUAAAGUGGAGUGGAAGGAUAACAAUGCAAAGGUCCACGUGUAUGAGAACGGCUCUGACCAGCCUAAACAACAGCACCAGGUUUUCAGAUACCGAACGAAGAUGAAUGAAGACCUGCUGAAAACUGGAGACCUCAGUCUGACCCUGAAAUACCCCACAGACUGGGACAACUGGAUCUACACCUGCACCUGCAGCAGGAAGGGAGACAUCCUGCUGAAGAAACAAGUGCAGCUGAAAGUCAGAGUCUGUCAGGUGGAGGUGGAGGAGGGGCGGAUUCUGUCCAGCUGCCCUUCAAAACCACACAAAACCUGCCUGAAAAUGCUGAAGUGGAGUGGUACGCUAUGA